CUUUGCAGCCUCCUCAUUGGCUACUUCCCCCUUCAACAUCACACUCCUCUCUCUCUUCCCCUCCUUUCUCUCCGCCACUUGUUUUCUUUCCCCCACCUUUGAUUCUCCAUUUCCCAUCUCAUAUAUAAAACAGAGUCUCUACCCACUUCCAUUCCACAGCUCCAAAUCCCUCUCUCUCAAACGAAACCUCACUUGGUGGCAAACACAGAGCUCAGCAUAGCCUAGCCUUCCAGAGCAAGAGCCUCGUUUGAACCAUGGCUGCUUCCACGAUUAUGGCUGCCUCCAAUACCGCGCUGAAGCCAUCUCCAUUUCUAGGACAGAGGGGCCAAAAUGCCAACCCUCUUAGAGAUGUGGUCGCCAUGGGCAAUCCCAAGUACAUCAUGGGAAAUGAUUUGUGGUAUGGACCAGACAGAGUGAAGUACUUGGGACCCUUCUCAGCUCAGACUCCUUCCUAUCUAACUGGGGAAUUCCCUGGUGAUUAUGGCUGGGACACUGCUGGUUUGUCUGCUGAUCCUGAGGCCUUCGCCAGAAACAGGGCUCUUGAGGUUAUCCAUGGAAGGUGGGCUAUGCUGGGAGCCUUGGGCUGCAUCACCCCAGAAGUUCUUGAGAAAUGGGUGAGUGUGGACUUCAAGGAGCCAGUUUGGUUCAAGGCAGGGGCCCAAAUCUUCUCAGAAGGUGGGCUGGACUAUCUGGGAAACCCAAACCUGGUCCAUGCUCAGAGUAUCCUUGCUGUGCUAGGAUUCCAGGUCGUCCUGAUGGGACUCGUGGAAGGAUUCCGCAUCAAUGGCUUGCCUGGUGUUGGAGAAGGCAAUGAGCUUUACCCUGGUGGCCAGUACUUCGACCCGCUGGGGCUCGCUGACGAUCCGGUCACUUUCGCUGAGCUCAAGGUGAAGGAGAUCAAGAAUGGCAGGCUUGCCAUGUUCUCCAUGUUUGGUUUCUUUGUUCAGGCUAUUGUCACAGGGAAAGGUCCCUUGGAGAAUCUCUUGGACCAUCUUGAUGACCCUGUUGCCAACAAUGCUUGGGUCUUUGCCACCAAAUUUGUCCCUGGAUCAUAAAGAUACAGCAAAACCAAUUUGCCCUAGAUUCCCCUGCCACUUGUAGAAUGGAAGGAAAGGAACUUUGAACACCUUUUGUUCGUAAUCUUUGCCUAUGGAGGUUUGAUGUAAAUUGGAAAAACUUUUCUGCCAAUUCCUUUCCUUCUUCUAUGUGUCACUAUUUUAUACCAAUUUGGAGACUGAGAGAUGGUUUGGACAGUGAAGUACC